AUGAAUAUUGUGGGAAAACUCAAUUUAAUGAUACCCUGGAGCAUAUUCUUGGUUCAUUCUCUGCUGUUCUCUUUGCAAGGAUCCUAUUGCGAGUUUUCUCUUUUGAGAAGAACACCAAGAAACCAGUUUAAUGCAACUCGACAGAAAAGAGAUCUCUUAGCAGCUGAGACUGGAGCAGAUUCUGCUGGGUCUCACCUUCAUGGGGACCUUACUCAGGGUCAAAGUCCAUCAGGAGUCUCUUGUCCUCAAGAAUGCCUUAAUGGAGCAGUUUGUACAGAGGCGGGUGUAUGUGAUUGUCAGAUGUUUCAGGCUCAUGGUAAAAGGUGCCAAAUUGUACCUAAUGAUGGCAAGGAUCGAGAUGGAAUUUGCAAAUCAUGGGGACAGUAUCACUUUGAAACAUUUGAUGGCAUCUACUACUAUUUCCCAGGAAAUUGUUCCUACAUUUUUGCAAAAGAUUGCAGUGCUCCAGAACCUCAGUACACUGUAUGGGUUCAUAACAGCCCCCAGUGUGAUGGUUCGGUGUAUUCUUGUCUGCGGUCAAUCAGCUUAUUUUUUUCAAGCCAGGAUGAAAUAGUUGUUGUGGGACAUGAAGUAAGAAAAGAAGGAAUCAGAUUGACAUUGCCUCAGACAAUUGGAAAUGUUUUCAUUGAGAGGCUGGCCGACUAUAUUCUGGUGAAAACUACCUUUGGUUUUUCUCUUGCUUGGGACGGAAGCUCUGGUAUUUAUAUUAAACUGACAGAAGAACAUAAAGGGAAACCUUGUGGCCUGUGUGGAAAUUAUAAUGGCAAUAAAUCUGAUGAUCUGAUAAUACAAAAUAUAGGUGAAUAUACAGAAGACAUUGCUGUAUUUGCAAACAGUUGGUCUAUACAAACCCCAGAUGAUGCAAUUUGUGUGACUACUGCCUCAGAUUUUUCUAGUCCAUGUUCGACUGACACAGAGUCCUCCGAGGCUAUAUUCUUCAAAUGCCAAAUACUCCUACAGUUUCCUUUUCUCAGCUGUCAUGAAAACGUAGACCCUUAUUCAUAUAUUUCUAGCUGCAUGAAUGACCUUUGCAGAGUGGAUGAUGAUGAAACUUACUGCCGAGCAGUGACAGAGUAUGCUAGAGCAUGCUCACAUGCAGGCUACCCCGUACGGGACUGGAGGGAGGAUUUUCUUGCCUGCUCUGAAAAGUGUGAAGACAGUUUUGUCCAUCGGGAUUGCAUUAGUUGUUGCCCCCCAACCUGCACAUUUGAAAAGGAUUGUCUUGGCAGCAACCUCCAUUGCUUAGAUGGCUGUUACUGUCCAGAUGGUCUCGUUAUGGACAAUGGAACUUGUAUCUCUGUGUCAAAUUGUCCUUGUAUUUAUCAUGGGAAAGCCUUCUCUGCCGGCUCAAAAAUUGAACAAGAAUGCAGUCAGUGUACUUGUACUGGUGGCAUUUGGAACUGCACUGAACACGACUGUCCAGCUGAGUGCACCAUCGUAGGUGACUCUCAUUUCACAACGUUUGAUGGUCGUCAUUAUACCUUUCUUGGGAUUUGUCAGUAUAUUCUGGUAAAAGGCACUGGGAAAGACAAAUUCACAAUCACUUUACAGAAAGCUCCAUGUGAUCAGAACCUCGACUGUGGCUGCAUCCAGUCUGUAACACUAGUUCUUGAAGAUGAUAUGAGUAAACAAGUGACUCUUACCAGGGAUGGUGAAGUCCAAACUGGCCCUAGCCAGGGUUUUAACUUUAAUGGGGACAUUGAAAUUCGGAACCUGUCUUCUUUGUUUGUGCAGCUGAAAACUAGAUUUGGUUUAAAGAUUCAAUUUGCUAAAGAUGGGCAGAGACUUUAUAUACAAGUCAAUACCAGCUGGAAAAGAAGAACACUAGGUCUAUGUGGAACUUUUAAUGGGAACUUAAGAGAUGAUUUUCUUUCUCCAGCAGGGAUGAUUGAAGGAACCCCUCAGCUUCAUGCCAAUGCAUGGAAGGUUUCCUCAGCUUGUUUUGCGCCUGUCAACAUUCCUGUGGUUGAUCCUUGCAACAUUAAUCAACAAAAUGUUGGCUAUGCAUCCCACUGUGAUAUCAUCAAUCAAGAACUUUUUGCUCCAUGUCACCCAUACAUCAGUCCAGGAUUAUACUACCAGCUGUGCCGGUUUGAUGCCUGUAAAUGUGGAAGCAGCUGUUUGUGUAAUGCACUUGCACACUAUGCCUAUAUCUGUAGCAAGCAUGGAAUUGCUAUUGAUUUCAGAUCUCAAGUUUCAUACUGUGCUCUAGUGUGCCGAAGUGGUAUGCUGUAUCAUCGGUGCUCUUCUUUUUGCAAACACUCCUGUUCUUCCCUUUCUGCCCCGCAUGUGUGUAAUGAUGACUGUGCUGAAGGAUGCAAUUGUCCUGAUGGCAAAUACUUUGAAGAAUCAAUCAACUUUUGUGUGCCAAUAUCUAGCUGUCGUUGCUAUUACAAAGGCAGAAGUUUCCAGCCUGCGGAAAUCCUGCCCACACCGUCAGGCUCUUGCCAGUGUUUGAAUGGAACAAUGAAAUGCACUGAAACUGCUACAACUGCAGUUCACACAUGCCCUGAAGGAAAAAUCUACUAUGACUGCAGAUAUCCGGUGCCUGGCUUACCAGCAGCUGGUGUGAACUGUGAGAUCUCUUGUGCAAACCUUGCCAUGAACUUCACCUGUGUGCCAUCACCACCAUGUGCAAGUGGUUGUAUCUGCCCCCCAGGGAUGGCAGAGCAUAAAGGGAACUGUUAUGUUCCUGAUAGUUGUCCAUGUACCUGGAAAGAUUGGGAGUAUCUGUCCGGAGAAGUGAUAGCUACACCUUGCUAUACCUGUGUUUGCCGGCGAGGGAUAUUCACAUGCACCAGUUAUCCUUGUCCUGCUGUGUGUACAGUUUACGGGGAUCGACAUUAUUAUACUUUUGAUGGGUUGGAAUAUGAUUACGUCAGUGACUGCCAAGCUUAUUUAGUGAAGAGUACAGACAACUCAAAUGUAUCUGUAAUUGCCCAGAACAAGAAGUGCUUUGACAAUGACAUUGUUUGCUCUAAGAGCGUUUUGAUCUCUGUUGGAGACACUGAGAUUUAUUUUAGUGAACCUUCUGACAAACAGAGGACCGCAAGGGGACGGGAAAAAAACCCAACAUAUCAGCUUUGGAAGGCUGGAUAUUAUACAGUGGUACACUUUCCAGAACAGGAAAUUACAAUCCUGUGGGACAAGAAGACAACGAUACAUGUCAAAGUUGGACCUCGGUGGAAGGGUAAAUUAGCAGGUUUGUGUGGAAAUUUUGAUAAAUAUACUUCAAAUGAUCUGACUACAUCAAACAACAUGGAAGUGAGAAAUGCUCAGGUUUUUGGAGAGAGCUGGGCAAUAGGACAGUGUAAAAGCCCAAAUGAAACCAUAAAGCCAUGUGAGGUGCAUCAGAGCAAGUUCCCCUAUGCCAAAAGGGAAUGCUCAAUUUUGUACAGUGAUGUUUUUGCCCCUUGUCGAAAUGUGAUUGAUGUGACUUCAUUUGUCAAAAAUUGCCAUACAGACACAUGUAAUUGUAAUCUUGGUGGGGACUGUGAGUGUUUGUGUACAAGCAUUGCAGCUUAUGCUUACAAAUGCUGCCAGCAGGGUGCAGCAAUUCAUUGGAGAUCUCCCUCUGUCUGUCCUUAUAAUUGUGAAUAUUACAACCAAGGCCUUGGAGAAGGACCAUAUAUUUUGGCAAGUUAUGGACAGAAUGAUACUGUUAUAGGAGCUAACAUUACCAGCAGAAAGCUAUUUCCUUUGCCUAGAAUCAGUACAUAUGAAAAUGUGGGAUUUAGUUUUAUGAUAACUCCUGGCCUUUUCAAAGAUAAAGACUUAUCUCUGUCUCUUGUUUCCCUUGAGUCUGCUGAAAGACCAAACUAUUUCCUGUAUGUCCAUGACAAUGAAACUGUUACUUUGGAACAGUGGGCAGCAAAUUCUUCAUUUCGUAGAAGAGCUACAUUUUUCCACCAUCAAGGCCUCUGGAUUCCAGAUUAUAGCGCAUUUGAACUUCACAACAAGAAAGGCUUUUUCAUUAUAUUGACAGCUUCUGGCAUUAAAGUGUCAAAAUAUGAUGAUUCAGAAGAAUUCAAACGUACAAGUAGCUUUAGCAUUGAAGAUCUCCAUGCAUCAGUGCCUUACAGGAGGAUGUGUGAAUGGAGAUAUGAACCUUGUGCUAGCCCCUGUUUUAAAACAUGUAGUGAUCCUGAAGGAGUAGAAUGUAAAUUUCUUCCACCGGUUGAAGGAUGCUUACCAUAUUGUCCUAAAAAUAUGAUCCUUGAUGAGGUGACACUUAAAUGUGUUUAUCCAGAAGACUGCAUACCUGUGACACCUACAGAGCUGGCAGCUGGAACAAAAACCCAGAGGACAAGGCCCACUGCAUUAAUCUCUCCUACAAUUGUUACUACAGAGAGAUUUCCUCAGCUGCCCCCUAUAUUUGUUACUGCAGAAGCUGAAGCUGAGCCUAGUCAUACAAUUGUAACUACCAAAAUAACCACAAAGAUAGACGCAACUUUAAGAGGAGCAAACACUACAGCAGAAACUUUGUCAGACUUUCAUUCACUGGCAUCACCUCAUACAACUACUUAUUUAACUUAUUCAUUACCUGUUUCAAGUACAAUGCAAUCUUCCAAAGUAACCCACAGCACAGCAAGCCUGUCUGUACUGCCCAAGCCCGUAUCUUCAACAGAUUUUCCAGCUACUCUUCAGACAUCAGCAGCGACAUUAAAAACAUCCCCUACUGUAAGUCCGACAGUGUUUAUAACCUCACCCAUUACUAUGGCAGUUCCAUCAACACCUUCUUUUACUCUGCUAACUGCAAGUCCUGUUCCUAGACAUUCUACAUUACCAAUGCCCACUUCCUUAGUGGUAACACCAUUUUCACUUGAAACAGGAACUGCAUCCUCUUCCACAGCAUUAGCAAGUUUAUCUCCUGGACCAGCCUUUGUCACUACUGAAGUACCUACAAGGAUCUGGGGAACCAGAAGACCUUCCACAAGCCAUUCACAACUGCCACAAACAUCCACAGAAUUUCCUUCAUCUGCUUCAUUAACUGGAAGAACAUCUUUUUCAAGUCCCACAUUCUUUACAAGCUCACAAUUAAUAUUAACUGCAUCUACUUCACCACUAUCUACUAUGACUGAAAGAACAAGGUCUACUAUGGUUCAACCUAUAGUUCACCCAGCUUCUGUUUAUGCCCCAACUUCAACUGUUUUUCAAACUCCCAUGGCUACUUCUAGAUUUACUAGCUUUGAAACUAGUCCUCCUCAGUUAAUCACAGCUUCAUACUUGGUGGCAACUCCACCCACCUCCCAAACUACUUCAUCAUCUUUAAGAACAACCAGUUCUUUAACUAGAACUUCACUACCUACAUUUUUAUCUUCAAUGGACAUUUCAGUGACUCCCUCCAAACAUAUAGUUCCAUUAAGCACAGACACUGUUUCCACUAUUCCACCUAUAAUAACUGAAACUUCAUCUCCAGUUGCUUCUCAAAUUCCUACAACCAUGAGAACAACGUGGUCUUCUUUGAGUCCCCUUGUAACACACACAAUGUCUACAUUAAUGCCUCCUCCAAUUACAUCCCCCAAGCCCAAAGCAACGAGAGAAGUCACAGUUGUCUCAAAGAGUCUUUUCUUAGAACCUUCCACUACUUCAGUAUCUCUUCUAGCCACUCCUCAAAUCUCUGAGGUAUCUGUAACAAGUACAAUCUCAACAGAAAGUAAAUAUGCACUACACACUGAUGCAUUUCCAAUAUCGACUAUUUCUAAAAGGUUGACUGCAUCCAUUAGUUCUACAGCCUUCCCUUUCAGUACACCUGUAUUUCCCAUAAAUGCCACAUUAGCUACUUAUCAAAUGGCAAGAACCACUUCAAAAAUAACAGAGUACCCUAUCAGUCCACAUUCAGAAUUCAAAACUUCCUCUGUGGUACGAAGUACUGACACUUCUCUAACUUCUAGAGAACUAUCAGGAGCUAUAUUGUCUUUUACAAUGUUGUUGUCAUCAGCAAGACCAUCUGUUUCACAAACCUCUGCCAUGACAUCCCAUACAACAAGUUCUUCAGUGAUUCCCACAGUAAACAGGACAUCUGCUUUGAUAUCAAAUGUAACUCUUACCCAAUCACCCAUUGUAUCCAUGGGUACACAAGAAACCUCAAAAAGCCCACAUACGGAACUGGCAACCUCUCUCUCGGGUAUUGCUACAUUAACUUUAGACACAAACAUUUACAUAAGUCCUUCAGCAGUGCCUAAAACGUCAUUUGCAUUACCACAUUUAUUAACUUCUAAAACGCCGAAAGUCACUUUGGAAAGCUAUUCCAGUAUAUUCACUACUACAUCUUCACCCUCUUCAGAGACCUCCCAUGUAUCUACUGUAUCAUUAGGAACAAAUAUAUCAUCAUUAAGUCCUUCCACAGAAUCUGAAACAAGAACUUUUGUACCCACUGAAAUAGUCACUCACUCCACAGUGCCAUCGGCAGCACUGACCAUGAGCACAGCUUUGAGUACUACAUCCUUAGUGCCAACUUAUGUCACUAUGAAAACAUCAGUUAGUCCUUCAAUAACUUUAUUAGUUACUCCUGCUGCCACCAUAGCCCCUAGUGUUACUGCAAAAACCACUGAAUCUUCUGUUACUCAUAUUGAGCUUUACACAGCCUCUAGUUCAGUGCCAAUUCCUGCUACCUCUAAAACACCUAUGUAUCCUUCACCUAAGACUUUACUGACAUCUGCACAUUCCCCAGUUUCACUGAGUACUAAAGAAAUGAUAAAAACUAUAGUCAUGAAAACAACUGGUGCCAUGACUGCAUUCUCAGAGCUGAAGAUUACACCUUCUGCAACUUCAGAACUUAAAUAUGCAACCUCCAUUGGGAGAACUGCAGACACUAGAGAAAGUAGUCAGACUUCACAUGUACAAAGAAAUAUUACUAAGACAAAAUCUACAACUACUGAGAAAUCUUCACUGCUACACUCGACGUUCUCUUCUGUUCAGACUACUUCCUUGCCCAGUCAAAGCAGCAUAACUUCAGGAAAAUCUGUCUCUAUUUCUGAAGUCACAGAUGUACCGCUAUCAGAUUGGUCCAGAAUUCCACCACAGAGAACAAUCAAACCUUACUAUAAUCUAACAGAACCAGAGCAAGUGGGGAUUGGAGAAUCGCAGAGCACCACUGUAACAGCUUCAUCUCAUUUCAGUUAUGCAAAGGUGCUGUCUUCUACUACAGAACCUGUGGAAACGCAAGCUUCACUGACAGACACAGACAUGAUGAUGACAGUUACAGCUGGCCAUGCUUCAUAUGGCACAAUGAUACAUACACUGAUGUCAUCUUCCUCAGAUUGUAUGCCAAGAUACAUUGAACCUGUAGACAGAUGUAGCCAGUAUGUAUGCAUUAAUAUGGGAUGGAUGUUGUAUAACGUUUCAAGGAACUGCCAUAAGAACGUGGAAAAACCUGACUGUGGUUUUCGAGGAAUGCCAGUUCAAGUUAACAGUGAUAGCUGUUGUCCAGAAUGGGAAUGUCCCUGUCAAUGUUCUGUACUGUCUGAACUGAGCAUUAUUACAUUUGAUGGAAAUAACAUAGCCCUCUAUAAUAUGGCUUCCUACAUUUUAGUCAAGCUCCCAGGAGAAAUAAUUGUUGCUCAUAUUGAAAAGUGUCCCACUAAUCGGAGUGCAAAUUCAAUAAGAAAACUAGUUUCACCUGGAGGCACUUCAGGGCUCUGUUUUAAGAAAUUAAAUGUAACAACACCUACAAAUAAAGUACUCAUCAACCGCUUGGCAAGAAAGGUAGUAGUGGAUUCUGUAAUUCAACCAUUACCUUUCUCAAAACAUGGACUAUGUAUUCAGGAUACUGGUGCCAUGUACGUCAUUAACACACCUGCUGGCAUUAGCAUUAAGUGGGCUCAUGUUACAGGCAUUAUAGAUAUACAAUAUGGCUUACAUUCUAACACAUCUACCAAGACAGAAGGACUUUGUGGUGUGUGUAAUGGAGACCCAGUUGAUGACCUCAAGAUGCAAAAUAGGACUAUAAUUACAAAUAUGGAAGAAAUUGAAGCAUUUAUUAAAAGUUGGGAAAUUGAGAAAUCAGUUGAUGUAACAACCAGGAGGCCAGUAAGAAAUUGUACUGAAGAUAACUGCACUUACUGUAUGGAGCUGUUAAACAGAAGAGUUUUUGUCCCAUGUCACAAAAAACAUCAAAUAUACAUUCCUUCUUCCAGUCAUCAUGUUUGUUGUGGAACCUGCCAAAAUGUGUCUUGUACUUUCUAUACUGAAAAUGGAACACUAUCUGUACAUGAAGAGGGAAGCACCUGGGUCUCCAAUUGCACCAAAUAUGAGUGUGCAAAGACUGCUGUAGGUGCUAUGAUACUGGGAUCUAGUGUUGUCUGCCCCCCUUUUAAUGAGACUGAAUGCACAAAGAAUGGAGGCACUGUACAGACUUAUAAUGAUGGCUGCUGCAAGACGUGUUCUGGAUUGGGUGUAUUACCCUUUGCCAUUAGCCCUGUAGUCUCUACUGAUAGUAUAAAUUGUGAACCAGGUAGAAAGGAAGAAAGGAUUUGCCAGAAAGUGACAGUCAGAACAACUAUAAGAAAAAGUGACUGUAUAAGUCAGAGGCCUAUAAAUGUGGCUUCCUGUGAAGGGAAAUGCCCCUCAGCUACAAUUUUUAAUGUCAAUAUCGAUAGCCAUUUAAGAUUCUGUAAAUGUUGUCGUGAAAAUGGAGUACAGAACCUGACUGUGCCACUAUACUGCUCAGGAAAUGGCACUGAAGUGAUGUACGUCAUCCAAGAGCCUACAGACUGUUCAUGCCAAUGGAAUUGAACAUCUGAUGGAUUCCGUGUACCUGAUUUCACAGUGAGAAUUGAAGUUGGCUUCCUAUCAUUGAAUUAUAUUUUUUUUGGCAUUGGGCAGACUGAAUAAAUACUAUAUAGAAAAAUAUAUUUUAACAGUAAUGUUUCAGCCAACUUGGUUUCUUAGCAAAUUUAGUAAAAAUUGCAUAGAAAUAUUACAGCAAAAACA